AUGACUGAUUUCUAUUCAUUCACUGCCAAGGAUGCCCAAUUGAACGACGUUUCAAUGGCUGAUUACAAGGGAAAAGUUGUUAUGGUUGUUAACGUUGCUUCCAAAUGUGGAUUCACUAAACAAGUAAAUGAAUUGCAAGAAAUUUACAACAAGUAUAAGGACCAAGGAUUCGAAGUUUUAGCCUUUCCAUGCAAUCAAUUCGGUUCUCAAGAGCCCGGAACCAAUGAAGAAAUAUGUCAAUUCGCAAGAAGCAAAUUCAAAGUGACAUUCAAAAUAUUCGACAAAAUUAAUGUCAAUGGUGACCAGACUCAUCCAUUGUAUGCAUUCCUGAAGAAAGAAGGAAGCGGAUUCUUGGUUGAUGCUAUCAAGUGGAAUUUUACUAAAUUCUUGAUUGGAAAGGAUGGAAAAGUUCUCAAGCGUUACGCUCCAACCACAAAUCCAAAGGAUAUGGCUGAAGAUAUUGAAAAGUUGUUGAAACAAUAA